AUGUCCAACGGCAUGCAAGCACUCGCACCCGUAGCAGCCGCGAUUACAAAACCCGAAAGCACAGUCCAAAAUCUCGUCAAGACUGUUAUUGGCUACACGGUUGGCAGCGAUGUUUGGUCUGAUCGUGCAAUCCCCGCGCUUGCUGUCCUAUAUGCAUUUUGGACUUUUGCCGGCAGCGGCUCUUUGUCCGUUGCCGGGCAAGCCAUGUCCAGACCACACGGUCUCGAUAACGAUCACCCUCGGAAGCAUCGCGGGAAUAUGGAGGGCCUCCCACUGCGUCUCAUGUCGGCCCAUCAUUCCCUGAUUGAAAAUUUCCCGUUAUUUGCGGCCGGGGCAUGUCUCGCUCAAGUACUGGCGCCUGGUGAUCAGCAAAUAUUGAAUCUCUUGGGUCUCCAUGUGUUGUUGAAAGUCUUCGUUUUCUACCCUUCAUAUGUUGUCGGUUUCGCGCCGACAAGGUCAUUGUCACAUUUGAUGUCUGUUUCUGCUAUUAUCAGGGUUUUAUGGAUGCUGGCAAAACCGUGA